AUGUCAAAAGGUGUUAGAUACCCGUGGACAUUUUUGUUGGUUGCCUUGGGGUAUGAUUUAUGGCCACCGAUGGUUCUUAUAUCAGAAAUUGUCCAGACCUUCUUCCUAGCAGAUUUCUUUUACUACUAUGUCAAAAGCAUUGAACUUGUAUUGGAUUGUGUUAGAUACCCGUGGACAUUUUUGUUGGUUGCCUUGGGCUAUGAUUUAUGGCCACCGAUGGUUCUUAUAUCAGAAAUUGUCCAGACCUUCUUCCUAGCAGAUUUCUUUUACUACUAUGUCAAAGGUGUUAGAUACCCGUGGACAUUUUUGUUGGUUGCCUUGGGCUAUGAUUUAUGGCCACCGAUGGUUCUUAUAUCAGAAAUUGUCCAGACCUUCUUCCUAGCAGAUUUCUUUUACUACUAUGUCAAAAGGUGUUAG